AUGACGCCGGAAUUUCAGACUCCGCAUUUGACAUUAGCUGGCAAAGUUGCCAUUGUGACGGGAGGAUCGCGUGGUAUUGGAGCUGCCACUGCUCUAGAGCUCGCUAAGCGUGGGCAAAGUAGUGAGGCAUUGGCGGAACAAGUUGUCUCCACUAUUAAUAAACUUGGCAAUGGUGCUUCUGCUAUCAAAAUCAAGGCAGAUAUGCAUGACCUUGAGUCUCCGAAAAAAAUUGUAAGCGAGACGACAGCUGCUUUUGGAGACCAAAUCGAUAUUCUUGUCAAUAAUGCCGGCAUGGAAUUUGGAAAGCCACUUGAAGGAAUCACUGUUGAGGAAUAUACCAAGGUUCUUGACCUUAAUGUCCGCAGUGUUAUUUUCAUGACGCAAGCUGUACUUCCACAUCUCCGGUGCCCAGGCCGCAUCAUCAAUAUCGGAUCUGUCCUGGGGCGUAUUGGCCAUCCAGGGGCGAGUAUUUACUCAGCCACUAAGGCAGCGCUGGAAGCUCUCAGCCGUGGCUGGGCGUCAGAAUUAGGUGCUGCUGGCCACACUGUCAAUGUUGUGGCUCCUGCCCUUACCGAAACCGAUAUGAUGGCUCGCGCUACAGCAGCUGGGGGAUCCGAGCAGGCCAUCCAAAUGCAAAAGAUGUUGACUCCUUUAGAACACAGACUUGGUAAGGCUGACGAUAUUGCUCUUGUUGUGGCAUGGCUGGCGGAUCCGUCGAGCAGGUGGAUUACUGGACAAACUAUUCAGGCUGGCGGAGGUAUCUACAUGUCCUGA